AUGUUUUGUUCAAAUAGUAUCCAACCUAUCAAAACUUAUUCAAUUUAUAUUCACUUAGUAACAAUAUUAAUUUUGAUUCAUUAUAUCUAUGAAAUUAAUGGACAACAAUAUGAUUCAUAUAAAUGGAAAACUAUUCAUGAUAAUCGUGAUGAUGAUGAUACAACAUAUUUACCAUUGAAUAAAAUGACUAUUAAUUCUUUAUUACAUCAUAAUGAUCAUAAUAAUAAUGGUAGAAAAAUUAUUAAAACAAGAGCAAUUGAAAUUGCACCACCAGAAAGACCAUUUAUAUUUGAAACUCCUGAAGCACUUAGAACAUAUUUACAUAAAUUAAAUGAAUAUUUUGCAAUUAUAGGACGUCCUAGAGACUGUCAUACGUUAACUAAUUCCGGAAAAGUACUUGGUACUAAAGUGUUUAAUGCAAGAAAUCAUUUAUCAUUAACUGUUAAAUUAGAAAAAGAAUAA